AUGGCCUUCAUAUACAUAGGAGCUUGUAUCAAGUAUGCGCGAAAAGAAUUCCUGAAUUGUAGUAUUAUAUGCUUAGAUUAACGAGGCUAAUCAGGAGGUUGUAUUCAACCAGUGCUGGUUUUCAAGGGCGAGGUCAACUCAAAGGCAUUCCAAAUGCGACACGAGAUCAAGCACAACCAAGUCACAAGCAACCCGAGAUCAGAAGCUCAUCCAUCGUAUUCACUAUUUACCCAGCCACGGUAGCGCAGGGCGACAAGCGCGCCCGCAAACCUCCAAAUGGCGCACGGACCACUUCGACAAUCGUUUUGCGAGAAACCUCAAUUCAUCGUUGUAACCCAUUGAAGAAGUUGUGA